UGUGUUCUCCUACACACAUACAUAUUUCUCUUAACAUUUUUGUUAUAUUAAAAUGGCGCGAAUGGCAGGUUAUCCAUUGGGGAACUCGAAAAUCUUGGCUGCCAAUGUUUCAAAAUCGUAUAUAGUAUUUCCGAUAGAAAAUUCGCAAGAACACGCAUAAGAUAUUUGUGUAAAAGUUAUCGAUGUAUCAUUUGUUUGACUUGUUCACCAAAACAGCUGUCGAAAGUGAAUCUAAACCAACAUAUGGCACAGUGUUAAUAAAAACAUGUUGCACUGGUAAACGGAACAUUUUAAAUUGUAAACACAAAGUGUUGAGUUUCUUCUCCAAAAAAAUUACGAAAUUCAUAAGCAAAGUCAUCAUUAAUGUAAAAUACAAUAUUAAACAUUUAAUUGGUGAUGGCGAUGUUCUUGUAAAAGUGGAUGGCCAAAAAACUCGUAUCUAAACGUUGCUAAAUAACUUAAAACAUAAACAAUAUAUUCAGCAAUAUACUAAAUCGACGAGAUGAAUAUCAACGCAGACGACGACGGUGACUUGGUGUUUAACUGCAUAGACGAGGCUAAAGCCAUUAUUAAUGAUGUAAAGUCUCACGUUGACGAAAUUCUAAUAUCAAACCUCCCCUGCGAUGCAACGCACAUAUAUCUAAAUAUUCGUACUAUAGAAGGCACUACAUGCUGCGUGCAGGUAUCCAGCAGGGGCUUUAAGAUCGUAUCUUCCUUGUAUGAUACCGUUAAUAAGCAAAAAGAAAACGCAAACCCGGAUGAGGAUGAAAUUUUCGAAACUCCUUACGCUCUGUUGGACAAGAUUAGUCCACAGUAUGUGGAGUCCUUUGGCAACAAGCUAUGCCAACAACUGCGUCAGCUUCAGCAGAUGCGCACCGAAUUUAACGAGGCGGAUGAGGAUGAUGAAGAGUAGCUACACAGGAGACGUUAACGAGAGACGAUAGUCUAAUUGCGAGAGUAUAGUACUUUAUUUUAAUGCUUUCUGUAUGUGUGUGCGUUUGUAUGCAAUGUGAACCGUUAUAGUAUUUAUCUUCACAGGAUUUACAUUUAUUUUAAAAUACUAGUCCUAAACUUUUAAGCGUUUCAAAAAUAAAGAUUGUGAUUGCAGCUCUAAA